AUGGAAGCUCAGAGCCGAGAGAAGCUGACGGACGUCUACGGCGCGACGAUCUUGAAAGCGCUGAACCAGCCGCAGCACGCACAGCCGCAGCACCAACUCGGGUCUCUGAGCAGGGUUUUCUCCUCUGCCGUCUUGGAGGUCUACGACUUUGCCAAGAGCUCCUUCAAGCGAUCGCCGGCCGCGCCCUACCUGACCUUUACGUACCGCGAUGUGGCGAGGACCUUUCAGGGAAUCCUGAAAGCUCUCGAGGGCUUCGGAGGCUCCGCCCCGACGGAGGCGCUGCUCCUGGAGAGCUUUCUGCAUGAGGUCGCUCGUGUCUUCGAGGACAAGUUGAAGCUACAGCUUCAAAAAGACCUUCUGCACCAAGAGCUUCGAAGGCUCCGAAGCUUCCGUGGAAUGACAGUGACUCCCAACGAAAGCGAAGAAAGCGAAGCACCAAGGCGCUUCCUGAAACGAUUGUCAGCCUCCAUCGAGAAGCCCUACGAGCGCGUGGAGGAGGAGCAGCUCUGGCGCUGCUUCCAGGAGUCCUUGGAGGAGUACAGGCAGCUCCAGGCUGGAGAUGCCCAGGCGGCCCAGGCGGCCUCCGCCUUCUUUUUGUCCGCGGAGGUGGUGGACCAGCUCUGCCGCCUCCUCCGCAUAGGGGCGCUGGCUCGGAGCCACAUGCUGCUGCUGGGUUUGCGGGGCAGCGGCCGGCGGAGUUUGUGCGGCCUCGCGGCGCACCUCCUGGACGCCGUGAAACUGGAGCUUUCCAAGGCAGUGACGCAGGGAGACUUCUUGCAGAUGCUGCGGGUGGUUUGGCGGACCUGUGGAGCCAAACAGAGCGACUGCAUCCUGGUCUUGGCGGAUGAGGACCUUCGGGAGGACGGUGUCCUGGAUUCGAUCAGCGCUGUCCUUGACCUUGGUCACGUUCCCGAGUUGUGCAGCCCGGACGAGAUCGCUAACAUGCCUGCCCGGCGAGUUUUCAUAACUUCCGCUGCGAAGAACGCGGACUGGUUGGGAACUCUGGGCCACAUGUGCGACUAUGCCGCCAUGAACAAGUCUCCAGACUCCAAGUCUUUGAUCAACGUGGAGUGUGGCAGCGAAGGUGAGCCACGUGGAAGCUUGGAAGGUGGACUCCUGGCAAAGCAUGGCGGAGCAACGCAGGGCCUUGGCGAGACUUUGGACGCGGCUCCCGCGGCUGGAUCGGGAGCGGCGGGCUCCCCCCCGGCAGAGGCCGCCAGCCGGCUGGCCAGGAGCUUCUCGCAGGUGCUGCGGAACUUCACGCAGCUCUGGCGCCUGAAGAGCGCGCAGCUCGCCAAGAGGCGCGGGCGGCUGGAGAGGGCGCUCCAGGCCGUGGCGAGGGCCCCGGGCGUCUUCGAGGAGCUCCAAAGGAAGGUGCAGGGGCUGCAAGCGGAGGUGGAAGAGCAGGAGGCCAAGCUGAGGGAGCUCCGGGACGUCGCUGCCUGCAUCGCUGCUGACGUGCAGAGGGCCCAGGAGCAAGUGAGAGAGGCGGAGGUCUUCGCCGAGGCCAAGGAGAGCGCCUGCAAGACCUUGCAGGCAGAAGUGCAAGGUGCGAUGGACGAAGUCGUCCAGCCAUACAGGACGGCAGUGAAGGCUUUCGAGAAGGCAGAGAAGAAGGAGGUGAGCGAGCUGAAGAGCUUCGCUCCCGCGCCUCCGCCGCUCAUCUUGGCGAUCAUGGAGAUGGUGGCGAUGCUCUUCGGCUGCUCCACCGAGUGGUCCGCGGCCAAGAACCUGAUUUCCGAGAGCAACUUCGGCAAGCGCUUCCGAGACUUCGACAAGGACGAUUCCGGUCCCUUCGAAUUCUGGGGAAACAAUGACCACCUCUCCGACGCCCUUUCGACGCGGCUCAAGGCCGAGGUCAGCCGUGCAGACUUCAAUCCCACUCUCGUGGAGUCGCAGAGCAAAGCAGCGAAAUUCAUAUGCAACUGGCUGCGAGCUCUCGCUGCCUACGACGAGGUCUACCGUUCCACUGCCGGCUUGCGCGACCGAGCCGGCCAGACGGAGUCUGAAGCUGAAGCAGCACGUCAAGAGUUGGCAAGCAAGCAGGCGGAGUUGAAGAGCCUUGAGGAGAAGGCAGACGCAAAGCGCGAAUGCGGAUCCGUUCGAGCAGCGGCUUGGCUUUGGCGCAGAUUGCGAUUGAAUGGCGGCGAGGCAAUGGAGCCCGCGAAGAUGCUCGAGGAGGCUCAGAGUCAAAUGUACGGCUCCUGGCCGCCGACCUCUUGCCAUGAUGGUUUCUCGGGGUCCUGCCUUGUGCCAAGGGAAAUCCUCAUGAAUGAGUUGGAUGCUGGAGCAAAACGAACCGGCUUGGUGAGCCAAGUCUUGCAUGGAGGCCUCUUUGCUGAACAGGGAUCUUGGGAGAAGCAGCUGGCCGCACUCACACGCUCCUCAGAGUCUUUGCCGGGAGAGUGUAUGUUUGCCGCGGUCUGUUUGGCCUACUUGGGCCCCGUGGCCCCUGCCCGACGCCCUCUCUGGGAGGAAUCCUUGAAGAGUCUCUGGGCAGAGUACGACUUCACUUUCUCGGACCCGGUACAUCAUCAGUGGGAGUUGGAGUCGGUACGCAGUUGGGACGAAGAUGUGGAUGCGGACCCGACGAGUGGCUCAAACGUCGAUUCAGCUUCAGAACGUGGUGCAACGGAAGAUGGGUUGUGGACUCUGCCCAGCUUUCUGUUCGACGAAGUGUCUGAGCAAGAGUGGAAUGCACAGGGCUUGCCCGCUGCACUGGCGGUGAGUGCGGCUCUGGCCUUGAAAGUGCCCUUGAUGCCGCUGUGCUUGGACCCGCAUGAGCAGGCAUGUCGCUGGCUGCGGAAGGUAAUCCCAUCCCUGACGGUGACGCAUGCCGCGAGCCCGAAGCUGGGCCAGGCUCUGACAGCUUGCCGUCAAGAAGGCAACAACCGGCAUGGGGGGAAGACGCUCGAAAGGUUCGAAGUGAACAAGUCAUACUGA